CUGCCGUGCCGGAGACCUGAACGCAGCUCCGUGAGUGCCCCACCACGAUGCCAGUGACAGUGCUGUGAGAGAAGUGCUUGUUUUUUCCUUCGGAAAUGUUUGACAAAAUCCGCCGCUUCAUGGGCGGCGGGCGCAAGAAAAAGAGCGAAGCGCCGUUCAAACGCAGCGACUCCUUCCGCCGAAUUUCCAUCAAAAGACACUACCUGGAGCGCGGACAUGCCAAAAUCCAGCCCAAGGCGUCCACCAGCGGCAGCAGCGCCUCCGUCUGCAAAGCGCCGCUGCCGCCGGACGACGAGCUGGUCAUCGACUACGGCCAGUGGCUGCUCAAGUCGGACGAAAAAAAGUCGCCGGCCAAAACGCAAAACGUGCAGAGUGUCCAGAUCACCCCGUUGGAACACUCACCCCGAGUCACGGCGCACCGCCACCGCAUCCACGUGAGCGCCCGACCCUCCCCGGCGACCUCUCUGGACUCGGACCUUCCCCUCACCCCCAAGGACGCCAGUCUCGCACCCAUCUGGAUCGACCCUCCUCCCCCGGUAUCCAGAACGCCCCGAAGUCUUGAACUACCCCCCGUCUCAGCCAGGAGGCUCGAUAUGCCCGGCUGCUCGGGGGUUGAACGUCGAGCGCACCGCUCUUUGGAGAGCGGGUUGAAGUGCGUGCGGCGGGAGGAACCACCCCCGCUGCCCACCGGCUCCACGAAAACGGUAUCCUCUGAGUCAAAGGACUCUGGCUUUUCCUUUUCCAUCCCCAGAUUGAAUCCAACCAAGGGAUUCUUCAGACGGAAGCCUCCUAAGCCCCGUCUCAGCGUCAGCAGGGAUGGCUACUUCAAACGAACCAGCGAGGCCAGAAAGUCGCAGGAGGCCAAACGGAGUCGCGGUCGGGCGGCCGGCAAGCGUCUGGCCGCCUCGGCCGCCUCAACCAACACCCUGGACCUUUACCAAGUGCUACGUCCUCGUUCUCUCAAGUCUUUGAAGAUGGACCCCAUGUUCUUUGUGCCUCCGGAGAAGCGUCGGCAGCAAAGUGGCCGGCGGUACGCUGUGUCUGAGAUCAGACACCCGGACAGUGCGACGUACGCGGGCAACGAGGCCCGCAAGGACGCUCAGCAAGCCGAGGACGAUGACACGACCUACGAACGACUCGGUGGUGAAUCUUCAGAUGAAGAGGAGGAGAACCGGUGUUACGUGCCGCUGGGAGUGUCGCCGGUGCCCAGACGUCGGCCGGUGGUGCGCAGGAAGAAGUCGGCCGUGCGUCUCAAGUACGUAGCGCGCCCGCACGUAGCACGCAGGGCACCCUCAACGCUGCGGAGGAGGAAAAGUACAAAGAAAAGCGACAUCACACAGAAGGGAUAUGAAAAGAAACGAUCUCGGCUCUUGGCGCCUUAUGCUCCGAAACAAGCACAACCACCCCCAGCCGCCAGUUCCGGGGGCGGAGGAGGUGUGGGCGGCGGUGGUGGAGGCGGAGGCGGAAGAGCACACCCACCUGCCGGAGGGCAACGCGCCCGCAGGACGCAGCGCCGAGUCACGCACAACGAGAAGCGCUACCACUCAGAAGUGCGGCAGGAAGCGGUGCAGCAGGCUCUGGCUGCCAUGCAGAGCAGGCCCAAACCGUCGCUGCCGAUGCCGUCGAAACGAACCUCCGUCAUGGCCAAGUCGCCCGACAGGGACAGAAGGGACUCAGCCGAGUCGAGUUCUGACGACGACAGCAUGGUGAACGAGGGUGGCGAAGAGCAGAGCACCCCUGAGAGGGAGAGAGCGCGCAUCCCGACGGCCCAGCAGCCCUUGAUUGCGCACUCGGACACAAGCAGCACCGGCUCGGCCAGAGAAACGCCACCCCAGCAACGUCUCGCCCGCCCCUCGCACCAACAACACCAUCAAACCAGGCUGCCAAAUGGAUGGGAAGAGCGGCCAGAACCGCGAGACAAGAGAAGCAAAGAAAUUACCGAUCUCUCUGAAGUCAUGCACAACCUUAGGCCAUAUUCUCAACCCCCUGAUGUAACGCACAACACAGCUCAGUCAAGGCGGCCAACAGCCGCGGCCGACCGGGUUGGCCGUUACCACCAAUCCUCUCGCCAGUCAACCCUCUCAGACGACAGCAUGGGCACAGGCACUGGCCGCUGGAAAGUGUCUGCCAAAAUCCAGCAGCUCCUAAACACCCUGAAGCGGCCAAAGCGACGGCCACUGCCCGAGUUUUACGAAGACGACGACAUUGAACUCGAGAUUGCCGCCAACCCCAAAGACCCGAACGCGCCCAAGCCUGAGGGCAGCGCCAUGACCCCGGCCAUGGGCGAGCAGCUGGUGGUGCCCUCUGGGCUACCACGCAACCUGGAAGCUGCCAUCCAAAGAUAUGGAUCAGGCACUUACAAGGCGCCCGUCGCCACGGUCCUCGACCCGAACGGCAAACUCAGCAUCACCCUCACCUAUGGCAAGCUGCUGAGUCGAUCUCAGAAAAUCGCAUACACCCUUCUGAACAAGACUUUCAGUAAGGGCGACACGUUUCUCAAAACAGGUGAUAGGAUAGCCCUGGUCUACCCCAACAACGACCCAAUCAACUUUUUGUGCGCCUUCUACGGGUGCCUGCAAGCCGGCAUCGUGCCCGUGCCCAUCGAGGUGCCUCUCACCAGGCGGGACGCUGGAUCUCAGCAAAUUGGCUUUCUGCUGGGCAGCUGUGGAGUGCAGGUUGCACUCACUUCAGAGGCAUGCUUGAAGGGUCUGCCCAAAACGGCUGCAGGUGAAGUCGUAGCCUUCAAAGGGUGGCCUAAAUUGCAGUGGUUUGUCACGGAGCACCUGGCAAAAGCUCCAAAAGAGUGGCUCCCGCCACCGCGGUUGACGGAUGACACUCCAGCCUACAUUGAGUAUACAACGGACAAAGAUGGGUCAGUCAUGGGUGUGACUGUGACCAGAGCUGCAAUGCUGUCUCACUGCCGCACACUAACAAUGGCCUGCAACUACACUGAAGGCGAAGUGGCCGUCUGUGUGCUUGACUUCAAGCGUGAGGUUGGUCUGUGGCACUCGGUGCUGGGCGCCGUCCUCAACGGCAUGCACGUCGUCUACAUCCCGUACGCCCUGAUGAAGGUCAACCCAGCCUCGUGGAUGCAGAUGAUCACCAAGUACAGGGCCAGUGUGGCCGUAGUCAAGUCGCGCGACCUCCACUGGGGCCUGCUGGCCACCAAAGAUCACAAGGACAUCAGCCUCUCUUCUCUGAGGUUGCUGCUGGUGGCUGACGGCGCCAACCCGUGGUCCUUGUCCUCGUGCGACCAGUUCCUCAGCGUGUUCCAGUCCAAGGGUCUCCGACCUGACGCCAUUUGUCCUUGCGCCAGCUCGAGCGAGGCACUCACUGUGUCCGUCAGGAGACCAGGUCGCGCCGGGGUCAACGCCACUGGGCGCGGCGUCCUUUCCAUGUCCGGCCUCAGCUACGGCGUGGUGCGCGUUGACCAGGAGAACUCGCUCACCUCUCUGACACUACAAGACUGCGGACAAGUCAUGCCUGGUUGUAUGAUUGUUGUUGUAAAAAUGGAAGGGCCUCCGUACCUGUGCAAGACAGACGAGGUGGGAGAGAUUUGUGUCAGCUCUGGGGCAACUGGAAGCCAGUACUGGGGACUUUCUGGUCUCACCAAUAGUUCGUUCAAAGUGCAGCCUCUUCACUCAGACUCGAGGACUCUGAGCGAAGCUGAAUUCACUCGAAGCGGCCUCCUUGGAUUCCUUGGACCCGGUGGUCUUGUAUUUGUUUGUGGCUCGAGGGAUGGUCUAAUGACCGUAACUGGAAGAAAGCACAAUGCUGACGACCUAAUUGCCACCGUUCUGGCUGUGGAACCAAUGAAAUUCAUUUAUAGAGGCAGAAUCGCUGUCUUCAGCAUAAGGGUUUUGCGAGAUGAGCGAAUCUGUGUCAUUGCUGAGCAAAGGCCAGACUGCAGCGAGGAAGAGAGUUUUCAAUGGAUGUCUCGAGUUCUGCAAGCAGUCGACUCGAUCCACCAAGUCGGCAUUUACUGUCUGGCCCUGGUGCCACCCAAUUACCUUCCGAAGACGCCUCUCGGCGGCAUCCACCUGUCCGAGACCAAGCGGCGUUUUCUCGAAGGCACCCUGCACCCAGCCAAUGUGCUCCUCUGCCCACACACCUGCGUCACCAACUUGCCAAAACCACGCGAGAUUCACUCAGCUACGCGUGUCACCGUUCCAGACGUGGGUCCUGCGUCCGUCAUGGUCGGCAACAUUGUGCAGGGCAACAGGCUGGCGUCUGCCCAGGGCAGGGACAUGGGCGCAAUGGACGAAGAGUCAGAUCUGGCUAGAAAGCAUCAGUUCAUUUCGGAGAUUCUCCGAUGGCGCUCGACGACGACGCCAGACCACAUCAUCUUCACGCUGCUCAACUCAAAGGGAGGAGUGGCAACAACCCUUUCCUGCUCGCAGCUGCACAAAAGGGCCGAAAGGGUUGGCGUCCUGCUGCUGGAGAAGGCCAGGAUCAACACUGGAGAUCACGUCGCCCUCAUCUACCCUCCAGGAUUGGAUCUUAUCUGCGCUUUCUAUGGCUGCCUCUAUGUUGGCGCCGUUCCUGUGACCAUCAGGCCACCGCACCCGCAGAACCUGCAGACCACCCUUCCGACAGUCCGCAUGAUUGUUGACGUCAGCAAGUCUGUGCUGGUGCUGUCGAACCAAAACGUGAUCAAACUUUUGAAGAGCAAGGAGGCGAGCAACGUCGUCGACAUCAAGUCAUGGCCAGUGACCCUGGACACAGAUGACAUGCCCAAGAAGAAGCUGGCCGCCCUCUAUAGGGCGCCAACGGCUGAAAUGCUGGCCUACCUGGACUUCAGUGUGUCAACGACUGGCAUGCUGGCCGGCAUCAAAAUGUCACAUGCCGCUGUGACCUCAAUGUGCCGCUCUAUGAAGCUGGCUUGCGAGUUGUAUCCUUCGAGACACAUUGCUCUCUGCCUCGACCCUUACUGCGGCCUUGGAUUUGCCCUCUGGUGCCUGAGCUCCAUCUACUCGGGUCACCACUCCAUCCUUAUUCCACCUUCAGAGGUUGAACUCAACCCAGCCCUGUGGUUGUCAGCUGUCAGUCAGUACAGGGUCAGGGACACUUUCUGUUCGUACGGAGUCAUGGAGCUGUGCACCAAAGGACUCGGUUCUUCGGUCAAUCAAUUGAAGCAACGAGGCGUGUCUUUGGCUUGUGUACGAACGUGUGUCGUGGUUGCCGAAGAGCGGCCACGAAUUGCCCUGAGCUCGUCAUUCUCCAAACUUUUCUCUGCCCUCGGCUUGAGUCCACGCGCGGUUUCUACUUCAUUUGGCUGCAGAGUCAACGUGGCCAUUUGCUUGCAAGGCGCUUCCAGUCCAGAGCCCUCAACUGUUUACGUAGACCUGAGGGCACUCAGAAACGACAGGGUGUCCCUUGUGGAAAGAGGCAGCCCGCACUCGCUGUGUCUCAUGGAGUCUGGAAAACUCCUACCUGGAGUUAAGGUGAUCAUUGCUGAUCCGGAGACAAAAGGCCAGUGUGGGGACUCGCAUUUGGGAGAAAUCUGGGUGCAGUCUCCGCACAACGCCAGCGGCUACUUCACCAUCUACGGAGACGAGUCCGACUAUGCUGACCACUUCAGCGCCCGUCUUGUCACAGGAAACACUGGUGAGGUUUACGCCAGAACAGGUUACCUUGGGUUCCUGAGGAGAACUGAGGCUGUGCCAGCCACCGUCGACCCACUUGACGACAAUGGAGAACUGCUGCCAGGGCAGGUUCCACCACCUGUUCCACCUCCUGGUUUGCAGGGCAAUGAACCACCAGAACUGCAUGAUGCGGUGUUUGUUGUUGGUGCUCUCGACGAAACCAUCAUGCUGCGAGGGAUGAGAUAUCACCCCAUUGAUAUUGAAAACAGCGUUCUUAGGUGCCAUAAGAAGAUUGCUGAAUGUGCCGUCUUCACAUGGACGAACCUGUUGGUGGUUGUGGCCGAGCUGGACGGCAAUGAGAGUGAAGCGUUGGACCUGGUGCCACUGGUGACCAACACUGUUCUCGAGGAGCACCACCUGGUGGUUGGGGUGGUGGUGGUUGUCGACCCAGGGGUGGUGCCGAUAAACUCGAGGGGCGAGAAGCAGCGCAUGCACCUGCGGGACGGCUUCCUGGCCGACCAACUCGACCCCAUCUACGUGGCGUACAACAUGUAAAAAGAAAAAAAAACCACCACUGUCUCAGCACUCAGCAGCAGCAGUCUCUCCGACCCUGCCGGCCCCUGCUCAAUUUUGUUUGUUCGUAAAUAUUUAUGUAUCGAAUUAGUUCGUUCAUUUGUGCUGUGUCUUAAUUGUUUAUUGAAUUAAUUAUUUUUUUUAAUACCGCGUUGUUGGGCCGCCCAGCUCGAGAGUGACAGACAAUAAUCGUUGGUUCGCAGUGUGCCAAACCGCUUGCUUGUUCGAGCCCAAGACAUUCCAGUCAUUUAAGUCAUAGUUUGUGUGCUCAACUCACAGCCGGCAGCUCUCCCUUCUUGGUUCAUCGAUCGAUCGACCCCGUCUUUCAGCCCCGCCUGGCUUGCAGUUUUCUGUUUCUGAGAAAAUGUGUUUCUCGCAGUAAAAUAUUUAAUAUUAAUGCACGCGGCUUCGAGACGGACAAGUGGUUCCAGAGAGAGCAUCACAUUCACACAUACAUAGGCAUGUCAGUCAUUAUUUAAUGUGUAUAGAUAAUUAGGCGCUGUAAUUGUGCGCCGAGGACAAAAAUUUUGUUAGUUGAUUCCUUAAUAAUAUAAAUACUAUGAAUUGUAUAAUCAUUUUUUUGUGAUUUUUCUAAUGCGAGCAGAGUGUUGCGAUCAAGAGCAAUUUUUUAUUCUCACAAUAAUAAUUAUUAAUAAAAAAAGAUGAUAAAGAAACAGCUGUAGACAUACGACUCGACAAAAGCAAAGCAAAAUGCGCAAAAAAUUUAAAAAAAUCUAUUAUACAUGAUAUGAAGGCAUUUACACUCUAUUACAGCUAUUACGACUUUUUAUCUGUAAUAUUAUAUUGCAAGAUUGAAAAGUUAACAAAAAUAAAAAUGAGAUAGUUAAUGCACAAUACAUAAUUAUUAUACGAUGGUAAUAAUCAUUUUUAAUUUAAGUAUUAGAGGUCUGAUUAAUCCUUCUUGAUAUUUGUAACUCCCUCCCCACACUUGACCAAGAGUGAUAGAAAAAUAAACCGUUAAUGUAACGUGUACAUUUUCCACAUAA